AUGCGUUUCCCAAGCAUGAACUUGAACAACUCCCGCAGCGAACCUCAACCACGUGAAGGCGGCGCUCCAAACCAACGAUCAGCAAGACCUUCUUCGAUGUCUCUUCGCAAGGACCCAAAGGAUGCGCAGCCCCGUGACGGUGCCUGUGGUAUCAAUCAACCAAGAGCGUUGAGGCCCUCGUCUCAAGGGUCCUCCGAGCGCUCGCACUAG